AUGUCGGAGAUUGGAUAUGCUGUCAUGCUGGUUUCUUGCCAUUAUCGCCAUCAGCUUGGGCUGUUGGGCCUGAGGCCCCAAAAGCCACGAAACACGCAAACAAUGGGACCACAGGAAAAGGCUCAAGAAUGGCUACAGAAUCAUCCAAACUAUGACCUGCUAUCAGAUUGGAAGAAGAACCAGCUCUUGGCCUUGGCAACAUUCUUUUAUGCAAUGCAGGGUGAGCAUUGGCCAGACACCAUUGAAUCUGAUUUCGGUAUCGUGCGCCGUGACCGUUGGUUGGAUUACACCAAAGACGAGUGUUUGUGGUAUUCCAAACAGUCUGGUCCUGCAUUCCUCACCAAAGAGGAUCACGAUUCUACCCUUAAUAGUGGCCUGACGGAUCUCCCCUCCCCAUGCAACGAGCUUGGUAAAUACACUUCACUGUCCCUUGCUGGUUUGGAGAUGGGUUUGGGGCUGACAGGAAUGAACCCUUUUCUACCAUCAGAAAUUGCCUUGCUAUCCUCACUAUCCAGAAUUGACUUGGGUGACAACAGCAUCCAAGUUCCAUUGGCCAAGUUGAUUUCGCCAGAGCUCUAUGAGAUGACUGGUUUACGGUCCCUCCUGCUUCCGGCGAAAUUGGAAUGA